UGUUAUUUUGUUCUUUGUCUUCCCAGAAACUGAAAUCAAUAAUGUUGAAUCACGGGGCAGAAAAGAACAAAAAAGCUUUUUGAAGAAGCAUGCUUCAGUGUCUAACAAUAAUACCAGAGUAAAAACAAAACCACAUUCAACUCUAAAGGCGCAGUGCUCCAAAAUGUCUCCUCUUCUCAUCCUCAUCUUCAUUGCCACAACCAUAACAUUCAGUAAUUACUCUUCAGUGGCCACAACUUUACCUGACACUGUCCAUCGUAACGACAAGAACCUCUUCUCAGUCUCAGGUGAGCUUGAUUGCAAAUUCAGACAAGCACAACAAAGUUUCUCUGAGGUGAGAUGUGCAAAGACUCGACGGAUUCUGAAACAUAUUAGGCAAGCAAGAAGAAGAGAUCAUGGACACAAACAGAAGAGAUCACCAAGACACCUACCAAACAAAGCAAACACAAACAAGAACCCAAUAGACAAGAAGUUCUUGUUCCCACCUCCAUUGUUUUUUCCCCCAAACCCAUUUGCACCCCCACGUUCCAUUUUUCCACCAAACCCGUUUGCACCACCACCUUCAAUUUUCCCACCCAACCCGUUUCAGCCGCCGCCACCUUCCAUUUUCCCACCCAAUCCAUUUCAGCCACGGCCACCACCACCUUCACUAUUCCCUCCAAACCCGUUUCAGCCUCCUCGUGCUCCUCCUCCAUCAAUAUUUCCUCCAUUAUUUCCUCAGCCUCCUCCCGCUCCUCCUCCAUCAAUAUUCCCUCCAAACCCAUUUCAGCCUCCACCGCCUCAGCCUCCUCCAGCUCCUCCUCCAUCGUUAUUCCCUCCAUUAUUUCCUAAGCCACCUCCACCCCCAGCUCUUCCUCCUCCAUCAAUAUUCCCUCCAAAUCCAUUUCAGCCUCGCCCUCCUCUUCCCGCUCCUCCUCCGCCAUGGUCUAUCUUUCCUCCACUGCCACCGAUCUUUCCAGGCUUAAAUCCACCACCGCCACCUCCUCCUCCACCUCCAUCAAUCUUUCCAUUUCCUCCAUUCCCGUUCUUCCCACCACCACGCAACCCUGGACCUCCUCCUUCUUCAGCAAACAAGCAGCCUCCUUAAUCGAACAAGAGUUAUCAUAUAAUAUAUAUACCAAACAUUUAAAUAUCUGUUGUAUAUGACAGUCAUAUAUUUACUUAAGGGUAAAUAAUAAAAUAUGAGUAUUCAACUUCUACA